AUGAGUCACCUUGGGAGGCGACAUAAAGCUGCUGGGAGCGGAGCAGGUGCGGCUGUGGAGGAGAUUGACGUGGAGAUCAAUGUGCUGAACGAUCUGGCGGACAUAGCAGAGGAUGUGGGGGAGGUGCAGGUGGGGCAGGCGGACGCACUCGCGCUGCUCUCCACCGACAUCCACGACCUCUCCGCCCUCCUGCGCUCGCAUGCUGCGCGCUUUCCUUGCGUGCAGAUCUUCGGGCUGCGCAUCGCCAUCUUGUUGCAAGAGAAGUACCAACGCGUGUUGCAGCUUAGGUCCUAUCAAAGCGGGUCCGAAGCAGCAGCAGCUUCCCCCACCAGCAACCCCAGCGCCACAGGGGGGGCGUUCGCUCUCCCCCACUCACUGGGGAGCAUUGGCGGUGGGGGGAGCAGGGGAGGGGGCGGCGGAGGCGGAGGGGGAAUGGGAGAGAAGGAGCAGCGCACAACAAUUGAUGACUUUGAGAUCAUCAAGCCUAUCAGCAAGGGCGCGUAUGGGAGGGUGUUCCUGGCUCAGAAGCGGACGACAGGAGACCUGUUUGCUAUCAAGGUGCUGCGCAAGGCGGACAUGAUCCGAAAGAACGCAGUGGAGAGCGUGCAGGCGGAGCGCAACAUCCUCGCUUCCGCCAGGAGCCCGUUUGUGGUGCGCUGCUUCUACUCGUUCACGUGUCGGGAGAACCUCUACAUGGUGAUGGAGUAUCUCGAUGGCGGCGACCUCUUCUCCCUGCUGCGCGCCUGCGAGGCACUCGAAGAAUCCACCGCCUGCUUCUACACUGCUGAGCUGGUGCAAGCGCUGGAGUAUCUGCACUCCUUGGGGGUGGUGCAUCGGGACAUCAAGCCGGACAACCUACUCAUAGCACACGACGGGCAUAUCAAGCUGACGGACUUCGGGCUGUCAAGGGUGGGCCUGAUCAACAGUGCCGGGGACCUCUCCACCAAUCAGCAGCAGCCCAUCCCCUCCCACCACGCCUCUGCGCCUUCCUCCCCUGACUUUCAUCUCCUUCCCUUCUCCACUCUCUCUUCCCCCCCUUCCCUUCUCCACCCCCCCUUCCCUUCUCCACUCUCUCUUCCCCCCCUUCCCUUCUCCACUCUCUCUUCCCCCCCUUCCCUUCUCCACUCUCUCUUCCCCCCCUUCCCUUCUCCACUCUCUCUUCCCCCCCUUCCCUUCUCCACUCUCUCUUCCCCCCCUUCCCUUCUCCACUCUCUCUUCCCCCCCUUCCCUUCUCCACUCUCUCUUCCCCCCGUUCCCUUCUCCACUCUCUCUUCCCCCCCUUCCCUUCUCCACUCUCUCUUCCCCCCCUUCCCUUCUCCACUCUCUCUUCCCCCCCUUCCCUUCUCCACUCUCUCUUCCCCCCCUUCCCUUCUCCACUCUCUCUUCCCCCCCUUCCCUUCUCCACUCUCUCUUCCCCCCGUUCCCUUCUCCACUCUCUCUUCCCCCCCUUCCCUUCUCCACUCUCUCUUCCCCCCCUUCCCUUCUCCACUCUCUCUUCCCCCCCUUCCCUUCUCCACUCUCUCUUCCCCCCCUUCCUUUCUCCACUCUCUCUUCCCCCCCUUCCCUUCUCCACUCUCUCUUUCCCCCUUUCCCUUCUCCACUCUCUCUUCCCCCCCUUCCCCCGCUCCCCACGCACAGGCAAGCUUUUCCCGCAUUCAUUCAGCGUCAGUUCUGAAGGAGCAGCAGCAGACUCACCGCUCUGGACCGCAUCCAGCCUGCAGGAAUUCCCCUCGCCCCGCUCCGGCCCUCCCUCCACUCUCUCUGGUCAACACUCCAACCCUGCCUCUGGCUACUGCUCUCCCAUGCAUGCACCCGGAUAUGCCUCCCCCCUGCAUGCUUCUGCUUGCUCUUCCCCUCUGCAUCCUUCCGGCGGUGGCAGCAGCAGGCUCAGCACGCCUCCCUGCUGAGACGCCUGGCAGGGGCGAGCGAGGGGAAUGGGGGGAGCGGUAA